UCUUCAUUAGCGCCUGAGUUCACCCACACAAACAGACCGCAAGUAUUAUAUUUCUCUUCGCUAUCUUGCCAUUUACCUAGGCAUUAAGCGAUAAUUAAUUUACGAUCUUGCCUCCGACAUAUUGUUCAAGCACAACAGACACUGCCAAAAUGUCGUCCUCACAGCCGCUCUUUGCGAACAUGACACAGCCCGAGAUUGACGAGCGCAUGAAAGAGAUCCAAUCAGGCUGCUAUGCCUACACAGAUCUUCUCGAGCCUAGCUAUGGCUACAUCCCAUCUUUCGCCGGAGGCAUCGUCCUCAGCGUCCUAUUUGCCGUCCCAUUUCUCUACCAUACCUUCCGAUCGCUCCAGCUGCGAAAGUCAACAUCUAUUCUAUUUGCUCUGGGAGCCCUAACCGAGCUGAUAGGAUGGGCCUCCCGGACCUGGGCCGCCAAGUGUCCAUACAACAGAGAUGCCUUCCUCUCGCAGAUCGUCACCCUGAUCAUCGCCCCCGUCUUCUUCAGCGCCGCCCUCUACGUGCUCCUCGGCCAGCUCAUCCACAACCUGGGCCGCUCCUCCUCCUUCCUCUCCGCUAAAUGGUACACCAUCAUCUUCUGCACCUGCGACAUCGUGUCCCUGGUCAUCCAGGCCGUCGGCGGCGCGAUGGCCUCGAUGGCCGACACCCACGAGCAGCAGGACCGCGGCACGCACAUCAUGGAGGGCGGCAUCGUGUUCCAGCUCGCCACCAUGACCCUCUUUGGCGUGCUCCUGGGCGACUUCGCCCGGCGCAUCUCGAGCGCCAGGUUCGGCCUCCGCGACGCCGUCACGCGCAACCUCAAGCUCGUCCUCGGCGCCAUCUUCCUCAGCUUCGUCGUCAUCUACAUCCGCAGCAUCUACCGGACCAUCGAGCUCGCACAGGGCUGGAGGGGCCACCUCAUCACCCACGAGGUGUACUUCAUCGCCCUGGAUGCUGCCAUGAUGAUCAUCGCCGUGGCUGUCUUUGUGCCCAUUGACCCUGCUGUCAUGCUGGGCGGGAAAAGGUACGCCACUGAGAAGCAGAGCCCGAGUGCUGAUGCCUCGGAUGCCGAGGUCGCGAUGGCUGGGCCCAAGUACAAUGCACGUGCCAGCUAUGGUAGAGCUACGGAGCCGUACUAGAUGAGACUCCUUUUCCUUUGUCCUCAAGUGCUUGUGAGACAGGAUGCUUCCAAGGUUGUUACAGGUUCCGUAUUGUUUCUAAUGUUUCCAUUUUCUGCGACGGCGUUUGGUUGGCCUGGCUUGUGAUUUGGUAUAGAAACUUGUCACAUGAGGGAGUCAAUUAUGAGAUAGUAUAGAUACCUAGAUGGUUGGUGAUUGGUGUGCUUUAGGAAUCCGCCUGAGGAAUCGCUUGUCGCUUUUAAACAGAACAAAGAAAACACCACAGUUGUAA